GCAUACUUUUAGGGCUUCGGGGAGUAGACCCAGGAGGAUCAUCCGGAAGAAAAACCAUGUCCACCUCGUAUGCGGACCUCCGCAAGAUGAACAAGGCAGUCAAGUUUGCGCUGCCGAGGAUCUACGGCGUGGGCAGGAGGAAAGCCGCGGAGAUCUGCGCGGUGUUUGGCAUCGGUGACGAUGUCAAGAUGAACAGCGUCCCGGACGAGCUCUUCAACCGGAUGAUGAACUACAUCCACGAGAACCACUUGGUGGAGAAGGAGCUGGCGCUGUCCGUCCAGAUGGAUAUCAAGCGGCUCAUUAGCAUCGGCUCGUACCGCGGCUACCGCCACACGGUGGGCUUGCCGCUCCGGGGCCAGCGCACGCACACAAACGCCAUGUCCGCGCGGAUCACCGAGCUCGAGAAGCUCAAGAAGAUCCUGAGAUGAAACGAAAGUUUUUUUUUUUUCAUCAGCUCAAAGAGUUCACGUUGACACAACUUCUUCUAAACGAACAAGGACACUAGUAGUAUCCAUGUCGUUCUAGCGACAACCAUGGUUUGCGAAGAGCUACUUUUUGGUGGUGGAGCUCCAUUCAGCAACUCUGGAGAAAUAGAAAGCAAUGCAUAAGA